AUGCUGCGAUGUUGUGGUAGGGUGGGUGAUCUUCCAAAGUUUAAGAAUUCAAAGCAAAGUGAAAAUUUGAAGGAAGAAUGAAGAUUUAAAGGUGAUUUAUAAUUAAGAUUUGAUGAUUUCCAUGUUGAAAACACUAAAAAUUGACCGAAAACUGAGUAUUUUAGAUAUAAACGGUAUCUAAACCCAAAACUUCAAAAAUAAGUCUAAACAUUCAAAAACCUCCAUUAAAAAUCUCAUAAAUCCAUAAAACACCCGCUAAUUUCUAGUCAAACCCCCGUGGCAUCUUCCUCGGUACCCAGAUCAUCGUCGCCUUCCAGCCCGAGUACUUGACCAAGUACGACCGUGUCUACAAUGUACAAUGCUUCUACAUGGAACGUCAUUGCUCUCUGGAGAAAGAGCUUCUCAUCGAUAUGCCACCAGCCCCAAUGCAAACCCAAACCGUACCCAUACCUGUGUGUAAGUACGAAGUGCUGGAUGGCAGUCCAACUGGACCACCAGUACAAUUCGCCAAAGUGGGACAGAUGGUGUACCAUAAGUGGACUUGUGAAUCGCAAACUGAAAACCAAUUCUGUAUGGUGGUUCACUCGUGCAAGGUUGAUGAUGGCAAUGGUGAUCAGGUGGAGCUGAUUGAUAGUCAGGGGUAAGUUUUUACAUUUUUGGAGUUUGAGGUUACUGUAGGCUUCAAACGGGCCAGUAGGCCGGUUCCGGGCUAGAACAUUUGUGCCCCUGGGCCGGUCCAUACAAAAGGCAUCAGGGGCCCAGCUUAAAUCCCGCAACGAAAGAUUUCUUGCAAAAAGUGUAAAACAAACCUUAUUUUAAAGCUGUAUGAAUAAAAAAAAGUUGAAAUUAACAAAUUUCAAAAAAAUUUUUUAAAAAUUUUAAUUUUCAAAAUAUUUCAGAUGUGCCAAAGACAAGUUCUUGUUGUCCAACUUGGACUAUGUAACUGACCUGAUGGUUGGAAAAGAGGCCCACGUCUACAAAUAUGCUGACCGACCAAACCUAUUCUUUGACUGUAAAAUUGCAUUAACUGUUAAGGAGCCUGGACAAGAGUUUUGUGAUGUAAGUUGUCAUUAGAGCCCUUUUUUGAACAGACUUUAAACACUACGUAUUUUACAAUUCUCAUAUUUUUUUUUGUUUUAUUCUAUCAACAGUGCAAGAGGGGGAAAGUGUAAAGAAUGUCAAUAUUUUUUUUCACAUUUAAAAUUUUUUGAAAAUCAAUCAAACUUUCAACUUUUAAAAGUUUUUUUUUGAAAAUUUGUUUAUUACAGUCUCCUUUAUUUAUAAAUUUUCAGAUUCCAAACUGCCCAGACCCACCAAGACGUAAAAGAGCCAGUAAUGUGACCGAAACCAAGGUCGGAACCCAAAAUGGUACGUAGAAAACGUCGUUUUUUGACGUUCAAAUACAUUUUUUGCAAUUUUAAACCUUCAAAAAACGGAAAUAAUGCAAAAAUAUCUAAAACAGUAUUACUUUCAGGCAUUUCCAACGAGUUCCUAAACCCCAAAGACUUGAUGAAGGCUCCAAACACCUUGGAAAUCGUUGAUGUAAGUGUAAUAUCAAAGUUAAUCAUCCAAAACCUUUUUUUCCCUAAUUUCUACUAAGCUUGCCAUAUCAAAAUACAACUUAAAAUACUUUAAAAACACUUUAGAACCUACUCUGCAUGUCUAACUGGGGUUUCACUUCGAUUGUGGCCGUUAACAUGUUGACUUUGGCUUCAUCUGGAGUCUUGUUCUACUUCGGCGUCAAGAAGUCGCAAAGAUUGUCUUAUCAAUAG